GGUUGUUAUUGAUCACAGGUAUCAGCUGACCUCAGUGUCUCCUCCUGUCUCCUCGUCAGGUGCCAUCAUGGGACGCUCAGACACUCAGAAGUGCGUCCACUUCAACUACAGCCCUUCCUCCUCGUCCUCCUCGUCCUCCUCCUCAUCGCCUUUGGGGAGUCGGGGGAACCUGAGCGGCGUGGUCACCUGCUCAGGAGAGAAGGAUAAGAGGCUUCACUGCUUCGCCACCUGGAAGAAUGUUUCUGGAGCCGUUCAGGUGGUCAAACAGGGCUGCUGGCUCGACGACGUCAACUGCUAUGACAGGAUGGAGUGUGUGGAGAAGAAGGAUGCUCCUGAAGUCUUCUUCUGCUGCUGUGAAGGAAGUUUGUGUAACGACAAGUUCUUCUACAUCCCCGACAGCAACCUGCCGCCAACACCAGCAACACCAGUGAAGACAACGCUGCUGACCACUCUGAUGUACUCGCUGGUUCCCAUCAUGGCCGUCACUGCCAUCAUGCUCUUCUCCUUCUGGAUGUACCGACACCACAAACUGGCCUACCCACCUGUCCUGGUGCCUACACAGCACGCCUUUCACAUCAUGAUCGAGGACCCUGGUCCAAUGCCCCGCGCUCCGGUUCUGGGUCAGAAGCCGCUGCAGUUACUGGAAGUCAAAGCCAGGGGGCGCUUCGGCUGCGUGUGGAAGGCUCAGCUGCUCAGUGAACACGUGGCUGUCAAGAUCUUCCCCGUCCAGCACAAGCAGUCGUGGCAGAACGAGUAUGAGAUCUUCAGUCUGAGCGGGAUGAGACACGAGAACCUGCUGCACUUCAUCGCAGGAGAAAAGAGAGGAAGUCACCCGGAGCUGGAGCUGUGGCUCAUCACCGCCUACCAUGAGAAGGGUUCUCUAACAGACUACCUGAAGGCCAACGUCCUCUCCUGGUCUGAGCUGUGUCUUAUCGCUCAGUCCAUGUCCCGAGGUCUCGCCUACCUGCACGAGGACAUACCUGGACACAAGGACGGACACAAGCCUGCUAUUGCACACAGGGACUUUAAGAGUAAGAAUGUGCUGCUGAAGUCGAAUCUGACCGCCUGCAUCGCCGACUUCGGCCUUGCUCUCAGAUUCGAGGCGGGAAAAUCUCCUGGAGACACACACGGACAGGUGGGGACCCGCAGGUACAUGGCCCCGGAGGUCCUGGAGGGGGCCAUAAACUUCCAGAGAGAUGCCUUCCUGCGGAUCGACAUGUAUGCUGUGGGUCUAGUCCUGUGGGAGCUCGCUUCACGCUGCAAAGCUGCUGACGGUCCGGUGGACGAGUACAUGCUGCCAUUUGAGGAGGAGGUGGGGCAGCAUCCGUCCCUGGAGGACAUGCAGGAGGUCGUCGUCCACAAGAAGCUGAGACCGACGCUCAGAGAGUGCUGGCAGAAACACCCUGGUCUGGCUGUCCUCUGUGAGACCAUUGAGGAGUGCUGGGAUCACGAGGCGGAGGCUCGUCUGUCAGCCGGCUGUGUGGAGGAGCGCAUCGUUCAGAUGCAGCGCCAAACAAGCGUUACGGCGCCCGAGGAGAUCGUUACAAUUGUUACCAUGGUAACCAACGUGGACUACCCACCUAAAGAGUCGAGCCUAUGAUGAGGCCCAGGACCAAUCAGGACGGAGCAGGGACUCCCUCAGCGAGCCGCUUCGUGCUCUGAUGUCAGACAGUCAGGUGACCCGCCGGGCACUCAGGUGACGUCUGGCUGCAGGUGAGCCUGAGACUGAUGAGGACAGAACGGAGGUAAGCGACACACUGACCUCCAGCCUCUGACACCAGUUCCUGUUUUGUACAACAAAAUAAAAGACUUCCUCAGAGUUUUUUACGAUGAAAUGAUGUUCGAGGAUCAAAGUGUUUCGAGACAGGCUGUUUUUCUCUGAGUGACAGAAAACAACAAACAGCUGCUGAACGUCUCUGACCCUGCUCCACAUCGACGCUCCCAGCAUCGUCCUCAGUACUGUUAUUGUUAUUGUUAUUAUUAUAAUUAUUGUUAUUGUUAUUAUAGCUGCAGACUUUUUUACACUCAGAGUUUUGUCAUCAGACGGAUUUUCUGUUAGACAUCUGAUCAUUGAAGACAAACCGGUGUUGACUGAUGAAAACUGGAAACAUUUUCUCAUUAAAUCUGUUCUCAUCAGGUCAUAGGUAACAUUUAAAACCACAUUCAGCAUUUUUAUUCCAAAGUCAAAUCUGAACCUUAAAGUCAACAAUAAAUGAGCCCCAACACUUUCAAUAAAAAGUCAAAACACUAAUAAAUAAAUUAAUUGAAGAAACUUCACUGCAGGAACUUGACAAGAAUAACACAAACAGAACAACUACAGUCCACCUUAACAGUCCACAUUAACGGUCCACCUUAACAAUCUACAUUAGCAGUCCACCUUAACAAUCUACAUUAGCAGUCCACCUUAACGGUUCACCUUAAGUCCACCUUAACAAUCUACCUUAACAGUCCACCUUAACAAUCUACCUUAACGGUUCACCUUAACGGUCCACAACAUCUAAAACAUUUGAUAAACAAUGAAUAAACAUUAAAUAAACAUAAGACAAAUAUUGAAAAAAUGUUUGCUGCUGAAGCGAACUGCAUCAUCGAUCUCUGCAGUUUGUCUUUGCUCCAAUAAAAACACUAAUCAAUAAAUGUGAUCUAUACUAAAUCAGUAUCACUGUAAACACAAGAGAACACCAACAAAUGCUUAUUGCUAACAGAUGAGCCGAUCAAUAGACUGAGAGCAAUAAAACCCUACAGAUUAUCAAUCAAUAAAGACGGUUCUUAAUGUAACACCUGUUCAGGCUGACAGUGAAAAUUCAGACCGUUUAAUUUUGUAAGAAUGAUGACAGCGACGUGACAA